AUGGCUGUCAAGGUUGGACCUGAAGAAGGUAUGAGAUAUGACGAUGUCAUGAGAGUAGAAGUAGAAGUAGUAGUAGAAGAAGCAGUAGAAGAAGCUGAAGAAGACCAUCUCGUCUGUCGUGUUGAAGUUCUCCUGCUGGUCGUCGCAAAAGUAGCAUCAAGACCGUCAAGUCCGUCAAGGAUCAAAGUCGACCCAGUUGUUACUGACAUCUCGUCGUCCAUCGACUGUCCGACUGUCUUCGUCUCAUGCUUGAUGCUGCCGACCCAUAGCAGCAUCGAAUAUCAACAAGGAUUGAAUGUUAACAGCCAAUGA